AAAAUGCGCAGAUAAGCUGCAGAAUUUUUCAGUGGAAUCACACGAAAACAAGUAGAAAGUUCACUAGAAAUCCAAUAGAAUUUCCCAACGAAUUCGUUCGGUUUUCCUAUCAAAAAUUUUCGUAUGUAAUAUAAAAUAAAGAAAAUACCGCUCAUGGAACAUAAAAAACAAUUGAGUAAUUCCUUGACAUUUCGUGGCUCCCUAAACUACAAAAAAAUCUUCAAAAUUUACAAGUUUCUCUCGAUCGAAAAAUCGAAUGACUGCAGAGAAAUAACCAGAAUCCAAUCGCAAUGUCACGAGCCGUGAGGAAAAGGAGGAGAAGAUGCCCGGGAAUGCCGGAGGAGCGCGUGCUAACCCAGGAGAUGUUAUUUCAAACGGCAUUCGCUAAAUGGGAAAAACGACUGGUAAAUUUACCGAGCAGUCAUAGUUAUCCCUGCCCGGGGAAACAGGAGAGACUGGCUGGUGGUGGGGAGGAUGUUCCAGAGGCUGAUCAAGAGAAUGAGCUGCGAGCAUCAACCGCAGUGCAGGAGAAAGCCCCGUCAGGGAAGGAGAGGACCUCAUCAGGAAAGGAGAUGACUCCACCAGAAGUAGUCAUCGAAGCCGCAUCUUCUGGGUCUCCUGCGUCUCCCAGCGCUCCAAAACUUCCACAAGAAUCUACUGGAGAUAAAGAAGUGGAUGAGAUAUUUGACAGUGCAACUCAGCACCUUCGGGAAGUGGGAAAAGCCCUGGCGACUCUAACUGGAAAUGUUGAGCACGAUUUAAAGCUGAUGCUCGAGGAAGUCGCAAUGAAAAUUGAAAACUGGAGAGAGAACGCUCAGAGUGAAGUGGACAGUGGAAUAAACGCGUUGAACGAUAUCAGAAAACGAGUGAUCUUUCAGAAUCGAGAGAAUGAGACGAAAAUAGCCGAAAUUGAAGCGACGAAGGCAAUGUAUGAGAAAGCUAUGAUCGAUAGUGGCAUGAAGACGACAAUUGGAACCGAUCCCUCAUACUCGAGAAUUCAGCUACCUCCGCUGCAACCAGGAGGGGUGCCACCAGUUCCAGGUUCUCAAGGUCUUCAGCAGACCCCUGGCGUGAUGACCCCAGCAAAGGUAAUGUCUCAACUACCACCAGGAAGUCAGCUACAAGCAGAUGGAUCUGUGCUGAUGCCAUCUGGGGCGGUAGUACCGCUGUCAGCGGUAUCUUCAAUUGAAAUUCCUGGAAACGGUCACGGAAGUCAACGUUCGGAGGUGCCUCCAGGGGUAUCUAGCACAGUAGGAGGUGCAUUUGGUCCGUCCACAGGAACAAGUGCUUUUGGUCCAUCGGCCCCAGGAAGUGCCUUUGAUCCAUCGGCCCCAGGAAAUUCAUUAGCUCCAGCUGCAACUCCUGGAGGUGUAUUUGGCCAGGCUGCAUCUUCUGGGGUUGCGUUUGGUCCCUCUACGCCUUCUGGGGUCGCCUUUGGUCCCUCUACACUUCCUGGAAGUGCAUAUGCUUCCUCUGCACCUCCUGGAAGUGCUUUCGGUGCUGCAACUCCUGGAAGAGUUGGACCUUCAACAAUUCCUAUAGAACAGUUGGCACUGUAUAAUGGGAAAUUCCAAAUGCCGGCUAAUGCUCAGUUCAGCCAGAAUCAGAGAGAGAUUGAG